AUGGCUCAAACCAUGAUGCGGAAAAUGGCUGUGAGCGGCGCGUGUGUGUUUGUCGGGCUCACAAGAAGAAGCAGCUCCCGUGCACUGGUUGCCGGAGCCAAGAACUUGUCUAGUCAGAAGAAGGAGCCACGUGUGCUGCCGGCGGAGGGGGAGGUCACCAAGUCUGUGUUCAUGUCGCAGUCCACUGACAUCUACAGCAACCUGGCGCUGGAGGACUGGAUGUACCGCAACAUGGACUUCUCCAACCACCAUGUCAUGAUGGUGUGGAGGAAUGACCCGUGUGUAGUGGUUGGCAAGCACCAGAAUCCUUGGAUGGAAGCCAAUGUGCCACUUCUGGCUGAGAGAGAGAUAGCUCUGGCCCGCCGUAGCAGCGGUGGUGGCACCGUGUACCACGACCGAGGCAAUCUCAACAUCACUUUCUUCACUCCUCGGGAGAGGUACAACAGGAAGUACAACCUGGAGCUUGUGAAGAGAGCUCUCUUCAGGAGCUUCAACAUCAAAUCUAUCAUCAAUGAAAGAGAGGACCUUCUUGUGAGGGACAAAUAUAAGGUGUCUGGCACAGCAGCCAAGCUGGGUCGUCUCACGGCAUACCAUCACUGCACCCUUCUAGUCAACGCCAACAAGGCGGAUCUCAGCAAGGCACUUGCUAAACGAGAGCAUGGUAUACAGACAAACGCGACUGCGUCCACGCGCUCCCCGGUGGCCAACCUCGGGGACCUCAACAACCAAGUGACGGUCGAGGGGCUGCAAACGGCCGUCGGCUACGAGUUCUUGAGGACCCCUGCCCUGCAACUCGACGACGGCGGUGAAGACCAGAUCGCGAAGCAACGUGGGUUCCAGUUCGUCAACCCGACCGACCAGUGGUUCCCUGGUCUAGCGGAAGUCAGGAACGAGCUGCAGAGCUGGGACUGGUGUUUCGGCAAGACGCCGAUAUUCACCGUGAGCCGAGCGUUCCCCGUGCCGGCUGAGCUACUUGCACCUUCGCGGUCGUACGGAGCCACGCAGGAGCUGAUCAUCAACAUGACCGUGGACAAGGGUCUGAUCGACGACGUGACGCUGAGCAUCCCGCCGGGGCUGGUGGCGUCGGGCUUCCACGGCGAGGCGGAGGUGGUGACGCAGCUGCGCGGGAAGCGCUUCACGGCUGAGGCGCUGGCGGCGCUGCAACAGGCGCUGCUCACGCGCCACCACCGCCCCGAGAGGAAGCUCGACGACACGGAACAGUUCGUCGCCAAGUGUUUCGACCAGGUUGUCAACACGGUCUAAUAGGCUGUAAC